GAAAGCAAAUCAUUUUUGUUCUCUUGGGCGCCUCCGAAUCAUAUUUUCUGCAAUUUAUAUUUCCUGGUAACGGUGUCUGUUUGUGGUGCGAUUUCGUUUGGGGAAAAAAGAGAGAAUGGAAGGAGAGAAGCUGUUAGCCCUAAUCGAGAAAGCUACCAAUUCUACAUCCCAAGAAGUGGACCCUCGCCUUCUCAAAGCCGUCAAAUCCACCGUCCGAUCUUCCGAUGACAACGUUCGCAUCGCCAUCGAUUCCCUCAUGCAGAAAAUGAAGAAAGACCACUCCCAGGUACGGUACCUCACUCUUCUCAUCAUUGAUGAACUGUUCAUGCGUUCAAAGCUUUUCCGAUCCCUCCUUGUUGUUAACUUCGAUAACUUUCUGAGCUUAAGUGUUGGUUUCCGAAGAAAUUUGCCACUCCCCCCUCCUCGUGCCGUUGCAUCCACCUUGCGUUCAAAAAGCAUAGAAUUGUUGGAGAAGUGGAAUGCUUCAUUUGGGAUUCAUUACAGGCAGCUUAGGUUAGGCUUCGAGUACCUGAAGAAUACCUUAAAAUUUCAGUUCCCUAACCGCCUGGAAAACGCAGCUCGAUUACAACAAGAGAGGAGGGAAAGAGAGAUUAGGUCGAAGGAGAUUUUGCUGAGUAAGUAUGGAACCUUGAAGGAAAACUAUGCUUCAAUCAAGGGUGAAAUACAGUCUACGCUUGAUGAAAUAGGAGAAUGCUUGGACAUUAUUUGUGUCAAAGAAGAUGAAUUUAUCCACACCAAUUCUGUUGAGGAUGGAGAGGCUGAAGAAUACAGCUCUGCCUUGCAGCAGAUCCGUCUAGAAUCACUGAAAGAGGGGGAAAAGGUUAGUGAAAACAGCGACAAUAAGGCGGUUUUUGACGUAUUGAGGGACUUGUACAAGCUUCUACUGUCGAGGCAUUUGCCAUUGGUGCAAGAAUUGGUGUCUGUUCUUGUGAGGGUCGAUCUGGCUGACAACAAGUUUAGGGAUUUUAUGCUAAAAGAGUUCAUUGAUAUCCGGAAAAUUCUUCAAUCAUUAAAAAAGAGAUGCGAGCAAACGGGCUGUGCUCUUCAUAGUACUGCUGCCCAAGAAGAGGAGGAUCUGUGGGAAGAGGGUAAGAUUGAAGUGCCUGACAAUGAGAAUGCUAGAAUGCCUACAAGAUCAAGCAAAGAAAUCGUGAGCACUUCAACUACCAAUGCAGACCAGGGCAAAGUCCCGGAUCAUGGUAAAAAAUUGAAAGGCAAGGCAUUAAAUCUUGAAGGAGACGGUUCGGAUUCAACAUCUCCGAGGGUGAAGCUUUUGGCUGAAGCUCCAGUUAUGCCAUGGGGCUCCUUCUUGGAUAAUUGGGGUUCAGACCGUGAUUUUCUGGCAAACCAGAGGGGCUUGGAGCUCGAGGGUCAUUGGGGCAGAGUAGACUAUGAUGCUGUUAUUCCCGCAGAAAAAAUUGCUGAGCUGAAUGUUCAAACAACACUAUACAAGGAACAAAAAGUUGAAAUUCAACCGUGCCUUGCUCCUAUGAGCAAAGGUGGGCUUUGUCAAAGAAGGGACUUGAGGGUAUGCCCAUUUCAUGGGCCUAUCGUACCUCGUGAUGCUGAAGGAAUUCCAAUCCAUCAAAACCUGUCAACGGAUGAGAAAGCUGUGGAAGAUUUGUUGACUGGUUUUUUGGAUGGUGAGGAUGAUCAUGAUUUAGGCAAUACAAUGGCUAAGAAACUAGCAAAACAGGCAGUGAAGAAUGUGCGGAACAGAGACAGAGAGGAAGAGAAGAAGAGAGAAAAUGAUAGGCGGUCAUUGAAGCGUGCAAAGCUUGCAAAGGUCCGUGAGCACAAUGAAGCAGUUUUACGGGAAUCUGCACUUGCAUCAACUUCCCGGUCAGAAGCUGUUGAAGAGGACUUAGUGAUGGGGAACCAAGGUGGGCCUAUUGUCAGAGGAAAGAAGCAGACAUUGUCAUCUAUGCUACGUGAGAAAGUAACAACAAAGGAUAGAAUAGCACGGAGGCUUUUGAACACCCGUGUAACAGAUGCAGCAAUAAGACAGCUGAGACAGGUGGAGGAAGCAAAUUACAAGGAAGCUUAUCCAAAUCAGUGGUAGACGAUGGUAUUUACAAGACCUGAAAGUUCUAUUCUCAAAGAAAGGCUGGAUGGUGCAAAUUCAAACUGAAACAGUGAUAGAAACAGGUGGUCAAAUAAUGUUUACAACCACUAGUGGAUUCUUUUCUCAUGGGCCGUACUGUAUAUCAAGAUCGAGAG